AAACACUGAUGACGCAAAGUUCACUCGCAACAAGCGCUUGCAGCAACAAACGCUCUGCAACGCCGAUACAUGCAUUGAUAGGAGACCAAUAUAUAUUUGCAAUCAGACAAGGGCUAGUGCAGUUGCAGAGUCUACAAAGCAGUCGAAUUGGAAUUCAGCUCUAAUUAAUUUUUCGACGGUAUAGAAAAAUAAAUUGUCAACAUGCGUGAAAUCGUCCACGUUCAAGCUGGCCAGUGCGGCAACCAAAUCGGUGCUAAGUUUUGGGAGGUGAUCUCAGAUGAACACGGCAUCGACCCGACUGGUACCUACCAUGGCGACUCUGAUCUCCAGCUCGAGCGUAUCAACGUAUACUUCAAUGAGGCUACCGGCGGCAAGUACGUUCCACGGGCCGUGCUCGUCGAUCUUGAGCCAGGCACCAUGGACUCGGUCAGAUCUGGUCCCUUUGGUCAGAUCUUCAGACCAGACAACUUCGUAUUUGGUCAGAGCGGGGCAGGUAACAACUGGGCCAAGGGACAUUACACAGAGGGCGCUGAACUGGUGGACUCUGUCCUAGAUGUUGUCCGCAAAGAAGCUGAAAGCUGUGACUGUAUUCAGGGAUUUCAACUGACGCAUUCACUAGGAGGUGGAACCGGCUCUGGUAUGGGAACCCUGCUCAUCAGUAAGAUCCGUGAGGAGUACCCUGACAGAAUCAUGGUGACCUUCAGCGUUGUUCCAUCACCCAAGGUUUCAGACACCGUCGUCGAACCUUACAACGCCACCCUGUCCGUUCAUCAACUGGUAGAAAACACCGAUGAGACGUUCUGCAUCGACAACGAAGCCCUGUACGACAUUUGCUUCCGGACACUGAAACUGACCACUCCGACAUAUGGCGAUCUGAAUCACUUGGUGUCCGCAACCAUGAGUGGCGUCACAACCUGCCUCAGAUUCCCUGGACAGUUGAAUGCAGAUCUGCGUAAGCUGGCUGUUAACAUGGUGCCGUUCCCACGUCUUCACUUCUUCAUUCCUAGUUUUGCUCCACUAACCAGCCGUGGAAGCCAGCAAUACCGUGCCUUGACUGUUCCAGAGCUCACACAGCAGAUGUUCGAUGCCAAGAACAUGAUGGCCGCCUGCGAUCCUCGCCACGGUCGCUACCUGACUGUCGCCGCCAUGUUCCGUGGUCGUAUGUCCAUGAAGGAGGUCGACGAACAGAUGCUCAACGUUCAGAACAAGAACAGUAGCUACUUCGUCGAAUGGAUCCCCAACAACGUCAAAACCGCUGUCUGUGACAUCCCACCAAGAGGUCUUAAGAUGUCCGCCACCUUCAUCGCCAACAACACCGCCAUCCAGGAGCUCUUCAAGCGUAUCUCUGAGCAGUUCACAGCCAUGUUCAGACGAAAGGCCUUCCUUCAUUGGUACACUGGUGAGGGAAUGGACGAGAUGGAGUUCACUGAGGCUGAGAGCAACAUGAAUGACUUGGUGUCCGAGUACCAGCAGUACCAGGACGCCACCGCCGAAGAGGAGGGCGAAUUCGAAGAGGAAGAGGAAGAGGAUCUCGAACAGUGAAUCCCAACGAAAACUUAAAUUCUAUAACAAACAAAAAAACUAAUCCACAAUAUCCACACAUCACUUAUAUAACGACCACAUCAUCAGAAUGAAGACAAAAUAGCACAUGAACUGCACCAGUUUUAUCAUUAUUGUUAUUAUUUGUAUUAUCAUUAUUAUUAUUAUGAUUAUUAUCAUUAUUAUCAAUGUACAGACACAAUACAUCAUGGAAAAAGAACAAUAGCCACUAGUAAUUAGUUAUCAUCCAAUACAAAUUCCAACGAGACGUCACAAGUCAUAAGAAGAAGUUUGUUCCUUCAAUGCCUUAAAAAUGCUGAAUAAACUUUAGAGUUAAAACAAUGAAAAAGACUCAGCUAAAUCUAAAUAACAAGUACAUUUCUCAAAAA